CUUCAAUGUAACUAGAAAAUGGAAAUUAUUACGGAGGAUUUUUGUCGGUUCGAGUCUUUACAUACCCCGCAGUUGCAGUCGUCAGGGGUUCCGAAGCAUCUGUGGAGAGCCCUCUACGUUAAGUUAAUUACUAACAAUUUCGAUGCCGGCGAGGUGUUUGAAUUGAAUCGAAUCGAGUAUGAUGACAGUGACAGUGACAUCACGGAUGAUGAUGAUAGCAAUACUCGACCGGAGUAUGCAUUAUUGGUCACAAAAGAAAAUGGUCUUAAGGCUGAAGAUAGCGAUGCUAUAUUUUUAAUUGAUCACACUUGGACAUUCCGUUUGCCUAACGUUCGUGAACAAUUGCUACAACAUAAAAAUUUACUCAAUCAUAUGUGUGAAAUUUCCGGUGUUAAUUUGAACGAGGACGAUGACUGUCGGGUGAAUAAGGUUAUGAGGCGCUUAUGGAAAUAUUGCAAUUUUUAUACGAUAAGCAACGUAAGGCAACCUAUUUGGUAUGUAAUGGAUAAAGUAGGUUCAGCCGUUUGUCAUGCUGAGAGUCCAAAUUUUCGUUUAGUGCCUUUUUUGUACUUAGAUUCUCAAGAAACAUACAGUCUAUUAUUUCCAAUUAAGGAUUGUGAAUAUGGAGAAUUAAUUACCAGAGAUUAUGUAGAACAUGUAAGCAAAGAUGCCCUUGAAAGAAGACAAGCCUUACUAUUUCCCUGGCAUUAUACGGAUAUGAAAGGCAUUAGUUUCGUGCAGACAGAACCUAAUGCCGAAUACUUCUCUUCAGGUCAUAUUCCGGAAACACAUCCAUCCGAAGAUAAUCUCAUAGAUCCGUUAAUUAGUCGCGACGAACCUUUAAAAGUUUACGCGGAAUACAGCGUAGUUAAGCAAUAUUUGACAUCUUCCUACUUUGCUUUAGUUGACGGCGCAGAACAAGCAGAUAUUUUAUGGUUAACUGAACAUUUUAAAGAUUUCGCUGCUUUAGCCUGUAAUACGCCCAAUAAAUUUAUCAAUCAAUUCCCGUUCGAGUAUGUGAUAAGCAUUAAAGACUUGUUAAGCAUUAUAUCCCGACGAGCGGCUGUCGAACAUCAUAAUGCGGAAACUUUAACUACUUAUCCUAUUUGGCUGCCAACUACUUACAAUUUGAAAACGGAACUUUCGGAAUUCGUUUCCUAUUUUCAAAAUCGAACUGCUCGUGGACUGGACAAUCAUUGGAUUGUGAAGCCCUGGAAUUUGGCUCGAGGUCUCGAUAUGCAUGUAACCAAUAACUUGGCGCAAAUUGUACGCUUGUCUGAAACGGGACCUAAAAUCGCUCAAAAAUACAUCGAACGGCCUGUUCUAUUCUAUCGCUCCGAUAUCCAAGCUUUCGUUAAAUUCGAUGUACGUUAUGUGAUAUUGUUGAAGUCCGUUAAACCAUUAGAGGCUUACAUUCAUCGCAAUUUCUAUUUACGGUUUGCUAAUAAAACGUUUUCUUUAGAUCACUUGGAUGACUAUGAGACACACUUUACAGUAAUGAACUAUCAGACUGAGGCUGAAUUGCAUCAUCUAAGAUGUGAGGAUUUCUUACCCUUAUGGCAAAAACAAAAUCCUGAAAAUCCUUGGUAUAAACAAGAAGAUAAAAUCUGUCAAAUGUUGUAUGAAAUAUUAGAAUGCGCUACGAAAUCUCCACCGCCGUGCGGUAUAGCAUCUUGCUUACAAUCUAGAGCUUUGUAUGCUGCAGAUAUUAUGCUUGAGGACUACAGCACUGAUGACGGGGGAGAGCGUAAAAUGCGGCCGAAGAUUUUAGAAAUUAAUUGGACCCCGGAUUGUAAACGUGCCUGUGAUUAUUAUCCAGAAUUUUUUAACGAUAUUUUUAAACUCCUCUUUUUAAACGAAACAAAUUGUGAGGUUUUUCGUCCUUUGAAAAAAAACUGAGAAGCUUUUUACAUGAAAAAUUUUACUUAUGCUUAUAAGGA